GAGAGGCGCUGCUCCGGCGGAGGGAUACAGCCCUACAUAUAUAGCAGGGAGGUGCAGGCUCACACCUACAGCAUUUGUCAGGGGGGAGCCGCUCGGAGGAGGUAGCAGCCGCAGCAGCUCCUGCUCCUUUGCUCGAGCAGCCAGUGUAGCAGCACCAACCCAACCCAGCCACCCCGCGCAAUGGCUGAUCAGCUGACUGAAGAACAAAUUGCUGAGUUCAAGGAAGCUUUCUCCCUAUUUGACAAAGAUGGUGAUGGCACCAUCACAACAAAAGAGCUUGGGACUGUCAUGAGGUCAUUGGGUCAAAACCCAACAGAAGCCGAAUUACAGGAUAUGAUCAACGAGGUAGAUGCUGAUGGCAAUGGCACUAUUGAUUUCCCUGAGUUCUUAACCAUGAUGGCCAGAAAAAUGAAGGACACUGACAGCGAGGAAGAAAUCCGUGAGGCAUUCAGAGUCUUUGACAAGGAUGGCAAUGGUUAUAUCAGUGCAGCAGAACUACGUCAUGUUAUGACAAACUUAGGAGAAAAGCUAACAGAUGAAGAAGUAGAUGAAAUGAUCAGAGAAGCAGAUAUCGAUGGAGAUGGACAAGUGAACUAUGAAGAAUUCGUACAGAUGAUGACCGCAAAAUGAAGACCUCCUUUCACCUUUUUCCCCUCUAGAAGAAUCAAAUUGAAUCUUUUACUUACCUCUUGCAAAAAAAUGUUCAUUUAUUCAUUCUGUUUCUGUAUAGCAAAACUGAAUGUCAAAAUACCUUCUGUCCACAAACUGCAUGUAAUGGUUGGUGGUCCUGUCCCCAAAAGAUCAAGUUAAACAUCAGUUUUACAAUCCAAGUAACUGUACUACCUUUAAAAAAAAAAAAAAAUUAAAAAAAGGAAGCACUUGGUGAACUCAUCAAGUUCCAUUUGCUAAUGACUAUUACACUGUUUGGGCUGGCCAAUUUUUCAUGCAUGCAGCUUGACAAUUGAGCACAGUCAGACAUUUGUAGUUAAUUUAAAAAAAAAACAAACCCCAAAAAAGACUAUUUUGUCCAACAGUGGAUUCUAAUUCAAUUUGUAGUGUAAAUUGUCAUAGCUGGUUUACUUUAAAAUUGGUUUAUACCUCAGGAUGGUAUGCAGCAAAAAUGGUCAAAGGAUGCAAAAUUUAGAGGAAAGUGCCCUAAAUGUUGAAUGGUUCUCCUGUAUGUAGCAUUGUGCUCCAAAAAAAGAUGAUCUUAACUAUGGGUGGCAUGUCUGUUAUAACAUUGGUUUAACAUUGUCUGCAUUGCACUAUAGUGAAACGGGUGUCAGGCUGUUACCGUUCACAAAAUUUUUAAAAGAAACCUUCACCAAGGGAGCAUCUUUGGACUCUCUCCUAUUUUUAAAACCUUCUGUACCAUGACUUGGAGCUGGCAGAGUAGCCUGUGGACUUCAGCACAACUAUCAACAUCGCUGUUCAAGCUAUUACAGUUUGUCCAUUCCAAGUUGUAAAUGCUAGUCUUUUUUUCCAAUAAAAGACCAUUAACUUAAAGGUGGUGGUAAAUGCUUUGUAAAGCUGAUUUGUAUAUAAAUUUAGACACUAAACCAAAAAAGCAGUAGGAAGGAAAUGUUUUUAUGAAUGACUUGCUGCUAAAUUAUAAUGCACAUGUAUGCAAUAACUUAUCCCAUAUCUCUUAAAGAUGGCAAGGACUGACCUCUUGUAACCAAGACCUUUGCUAUAAAUAAAUGAACUUGUGCUUGCCUUUCA